GAGAGGAGAAAGCCCACGUGCUAUGGGGGUGGUGGAAAACAAUGAAGCCUUUGGCGAUUAUGCCAUAUCCACCCCCCAGCUUCCCAGCGUGUUCCCUGCUGGGUUGGGGCAGCUAUGGGGGUUGGGGGUGAAUGGGCCCCUUGUCUUUGUGCUGGGCUCAGGCCAGGCUCCUGGGGCACACGGAGCCUGUGCCAGGCUUGGCAGAGAGCCUCAGCUUCUCCCCCUCCCCUCCCCCAAUCCCAGCCGUGUUCAGACCCCUCCAUCCCUGUUCCUACUAGUUGCCAGCCUUAGCCACAGUCCUAGAACCUGUCCCCUUGAGGAAUUGUCCCUGGCCUCUGACACUGUUGGGAGGAGAGAUUCUGUCUGUUUAAGAGGAAAAGGGGGUGCUUAAGUUUCCAAGGGUUUUUGGAGAGAGCUAAGGACCAGAAAGCCAAACAACAGGAUCCUGAGGUGGGAGCAGGGAUGAGUCAGGGGUUGGAGAGCAGGUGAUUCAUCUGAGUUCUGGGAGAGAAGUUGGGGGAAGGGGGACAAAUACUUGAGUCCUAGGAGGCUGAGAACUAGCAGAUCUCGCUGGUUUGAGCCUCGAUUUGAGUCCUGCAGUGAUUUUCCCGAGAAUUGGGUUUGAGGAAUAGGGUCGAGAUUGAAAGGGGUACACAGGGGAAAGUAGAUUAGGAUAUGGGGGACAUGGGACUAGGAACUGGAGACAAAGAUAAGGGCCCAUGAUCAAUUGUAAUGAUUAGGAGUAGAGAAAGAAGGGAGAUCUAAGGGAUGGGAUGCCUGGCAUCCAGAGGGAAUCCAGGACUAAAAGUGAGGAGUGAGGCUGAAGGCCUGAUAGCUAGGUUCCAGGCAGGUUCUCACAAUGGGAUUAGAACUCCCCCAUCCUGUGGGUUCUAAGGCAGCCCUCCCCCCACCUAUCCACUCUGACUCCUCUCCUAGUGGAGGGGUGGAGGACAGGAAGAAGAGGUGGGGGAAGGGUUAUGCUCUGAAUUUCCCUAUUCCUUUUCCUAUUAGUGUUCCUCUUCACCUUUCUAACUCUUCUGGUCCCGUCUAGGGCAGAGGCCACUGGCAAAGUGCCAGUGUCCUUGCCCCGCAUCAUCUGCUGGCUCUGUUAAGCCCCCUUCUCCUGGGUCCUGGGCUCAAGAGUGUUGGACAUGUGUUUUUCGUGGCUAUAUCGUCUUUGGGAGAAGUUGAAGUUGCUGGUGAGUUCUGAGCAUCCUUUUUUACUGCCUUGAGAGUCUGGAUGCUCUCCUUGUUCCGUGAUUUCAGGGUUUGUCAGUAUCCCUUGGCUCAACUAAGAUCUCUACCCACCUUCCAGGCUAUGAGAAGAGGAAAGCCUUUGAGGCCAAGAACACCAGUGGUGUGUUGGGGAUAGGGGACCAAUGGAAAUGGGCCUAAAGAAGAGGAUGUGAAGCUCCCUCUAUGUCUUUCACUUUCCCUUGUUCUCACUCUAACCUGUGCCCCUAUUCUUAGUUCUUCCCCUGGAGAGAUAUCCAGUUUUCUAUCCUGAUGACCUCUGGCUCCACAGAAAAAGUGUUAAAAGAGAUGGGAGAGCCAAACAGGGUGGUAAAGGAGAAUGUGAGGGGCCAGUCGAGAAUUCUGCUUCAGAUGCCCCAGACAGCUAUAUAUAAUGUCACCAGUUUCAUGGAAUCCUUCCUGCAUUUUGGUAGGAAGUUUGGGAUGGGAAAGAUUGGUUCUUCACAGCCUUCUUCACUGGGGCUUCCACAACACGUGGAUGCAAAAGAGGAAGAGAUGCUGAGGGAUCUGUAUGUGGUGCUUUGGGCAGUGAGGGAGCGGAUCCGGGAGGUAGUACGGCGGCAGGAGAUUCGGAAGCGGCUGCGUUCCCGACCCCUUGUCUCAUCACCUCGAAGCCCUGAACUGGAUGCCCGCAGUCCCCUCUAGGGGACCCCAAACCCUCAGGCAGCCGUUCUCCAGGACGGAGGCUGGAGUCCCGCAGACCCCUUGGGAUGAGGGAUGGGUAGCACUUUACAAUGUUUAUUCAGAUUAAGUAGAGUCCUGAAUUAAAUGAGAAAUUUGUU